AUGGGGAACAAUUAGGUCUGGGGUGGAGGUCCGUUUUUUUCUUCACGGACAGCUAUGAUUCUCGAAGUUCCGGCAGCGCAGCAGGGAACCGGAUGGAGUGUUGAAGAGUGAGUAGCGAAUUGGAGCCGUGUUGAACUGGUCCAGCGUCCGGAAAAACAGCCGCCGGUGGCAAUGAGCAACAUUACCGGAAUAUUGCAUGAGAAAUUUUAUGCGCGGGUGGUGCACGGCGCGACGUCAAUCCUGGUAUUUUCAAGGAGUCUAGUGGGAGCAGUCUAACGUCAUUGCUUUAAUCUCGUCUAUGAAUAUUAAACUUUGGUUUUUCUUACUUGCACCACAUGGAACAAGACGUGCAUAAAACUGAUAACCCUGAGUCAAAAGCAGUUAAAAAAGAACGUACCACCACUGUAAUUCGUAAUAAGAGAAGGAGAAUCAAACAGUUACAUUUCAAUCUGCUUGACUUUAUUGUGGAUAAAAAGAAACAGAAGGACGUCUCCACCAGAAAGAAACUCCUUACAAGUUCCCAGUCACACAGCGCACCCAAUUCAAGAAGGAUAAGAAAGAGGAAAAAGACAUGCAGUAGAUUGCGAAAAAGAAUAAUUCUUAAUCGAAAACUUAAAUCGGAGGCGAAGGAGAAAUUGGUUGAAGAUGACCUCGUACAACAAAUCGCAAAAUUGGAAAUUGGGAACCAACCGCCCACGGCCUUUGUUCACUCCCGUCGUUUUCGAAGUUAUUGUGAUAACACCACAUCUCCAAAGCUUUUAGAUUUAACUGAAAAGCUGCUACGGGAGAUAUUUCGGUUUCAGGCAAGAGCUUAUGACAAAAACCAAAUAAAAGGUCGUGCACACAGGCGAUAUGUCUGUGGUUUCAAGGAAUGCCUUCGUCAAUUGUCAAUUAAUAAAGUGAAACUCAUGAUAAUUGCAACAGAUUGUGAACCCUGCAGUAUUCCAGGAGGACUAGAUGAGGUCCUCAAUGAUAUAAAAGCCAAAUGUUUGGAAACCAAGGUCCCUUGGGUUUUUUCCUUGGAACGAAAGAAACUAGGUUAUAUAUUGUUCAAAAGAGCAGCGGUGAGCUGUGUUGGUAUUUUAAGUUAUGAUGGAGCACAAGGUGUUUUCCAUGAAUUAAUGGAAUGUUCAGAGACUGAAAAACUCAGAUAUCGAGAAACAAUGCAAUUAAAUUAAAAUAAAUAUGUAUUCCUAAAAGUCCGGAGGAGAAUAUUUGUUAUUUGAUUCCAAUCCUACAUCGGAAGCUUCAAAUAUAUUUGAAUUUUUAAAACUAA